CGCAAUAGCAGCACCCUGGUAGUGAAUAUUAUAAAUAAUUAAUUUGUUCUUGUUGUAUUAAUAAUAUAGUAAAAUAGUAAUAUAAAUAUAAUUGUAAAAUUAGCUGAUCAUCAUGAGUGACUUGGAUAAUAUGUUUGGAGACUUGGAAAUUGAUGACUCAAACAUUCCUGAACCUCCUCAAGUUGUUGAAGGGGAAAAGAAGGAAAAGAAACUUGUCUAUAAGGAUAUGAAUGCUCAGGGUAUGAAGCAAAUAUUCGACAGAGAGGAAUAUAGUGAUUUUAGAGUAAUUCUACAACAAACAGGAAAGACUGUCUAUGUAUAUAAGGGUAUUUUAGCAGCUAGAAGUGAAUUCUUCAAGGCGAUCACUGAAGGAGGGUUCUCUGAAAAAACUGACAAUGAAUUAGUGGUGGAUGAUGAAAGUGAGGAAAAGGCUCUCCUUCCACUUCUUGAAUUUUGUUAUACAGGUGAAAUUUCCAUCCCAGAACACGAAGUUCUUGCAUACUACUUUAUUUCUGACAAGUAUCAAGUUUUGUCUUUGAAAUCAAAAUGUUCCGAUUUCUUAGUUGGUAAUUUGAAACCAGAAAAUGCUGUAGAAAACUUUGUAGAAUAUUACACUGCAGCAGAGAGAACAGCUGGAAUUGCAGAUGAGUUGACAGAAAAAAUCAUCAAGAGAAGUGUUUUGUACAUUCUUAAAAACUUUUCUGUAAUUUGUAAAAGUCCAGAAAAGAGACAAAUCAUGUUAAAUAUGGAUUUUGAAAUGUUGAACAGAUGGUUGUCACCUUCUAUUGAAGCAAAGGAAUUGAGAGGUAUCAAUAGUGAUCCAUCUACUUUUUUGAGAUUCAUGUUGGAAUGGGUUUCUCAAGAUAUUUCCACCAGAGGAUCACAUCUUCCUGAAUUAGUUCAAAUGGAAAAGAAGGUUGAAUACGGAACUGUUUCAAUCUUGAGAGAUGAUGGUGCUGAACUUCAAUCCAUUUAUGGAGAACCAGAAUUUAUUUAUGAAACAUCUGCAACUGAGAUUUCUGGAGCCAAAAUUACCAAAAAGACAGCCAACUAUUCAAGCAUUUAUGUCAAUACAAUGUUGGGCUAUGGAUCAUCAACAGCUGUUAUUAGAUGGAAGGUCAAGAUUGUGACAUUCAAUUCUUGGAUUGGUAUUGGUGUUGCUAUGAGAGAUGUUGUUGAAAAGAAGAAGCUCACAUUCUCACCAUAUGAUAAGCAUGGUACUUAUAUGCUUAGUCAAAAUGGUUAUAUUUGGAAUCAAUUCAUGAAGGGAUCUACUAAAUAUGAAUCAGUUGGUUGCAGCUUUACAGUUGGUGAUGUUGUGAUUCUUGAAUUGGUUUGCGCAAAGAAGGAAUUGAACUUUUACAAGAAUGAUACAACAAACAAGCUUGCAUCCUUUUCGAAUAUCAAACUCCCAGUUUAUCCAAGCUUUAUGCUUUGUGGUACAGAAUGCAUUGAGUUCAAUUGGGAUCUCGAAGAGAUGAAGAAUCCAAACCGUUCCCAAAUCCUCAUCCUCUACAGAAAAUUGCUCCGAACUGGCUAUCAAUGGCCAAGAUGGGAAACAUCAGCCGAUAAUGCUUUCAUGGGAGAUUAUAUUUUGGAUAAAACAAAAAGAGAAUUUAGAAAAAACAUCUCAGCAGUAGAAACUGGACCACUCAUGGAAAAGGCUAGAAAGGAAUUGAGAUUUUUACACACUCUCCAAGCCGACUAUUUCAAGAAACAAUUUGUGUUGAAGAGAAAUUAUGCCGAAGCUGCUGAAGAAAUCAAGCAUGAUUAA